AUGGCAGCCGAACCCCCACACUCUGCUUCAGGGGGCCCCCAUUUGGGGGCCCCCUUCAGGGGGCCCCUGAAACAGAAGCUGCAGUGGUGUUGUUUGCUGCUGGUGUUGCUGCUUUUCUGCUGUCCUCUGGAUGCAUAUGCAGCAACAGCAGCAACAGCAACAGCAACAGCAGCAGCAGCAGCAGCAGCAGCAGCAGCGCUGCUGCUGCCGCUGCCUGCAUGCAGCAAGAAAGUGUUUGGUAUUGCAAAAGGAGGAAAAUUCGAAGCAAUUGGGGAUUUUUGUUUUUCCGUUCCUCCGGGCUUGAGCGGCGCUCUGGUGGCUGAGACGAUGCUGCAAGAGGAAGGGCACGAGCUGCUCAUACACUCCAAAUCAGCGACAGAAGAAUACAGAGAAGCUUAUUUAAAGGCGGGGGUUUCUAUUGACGAUGCAGAGGAGGAGGGUUUAGUUGCUGCAUGUAAUGCACUGCAAGCAAACGCCCGAGCUGUUGACUCGAGCAUGGACGGAAAGGAUAUGACAGCCUGGUAUCUGUGGUUUGAGAGAGAAUAA